AUGUUGAACCGCCUCCUUCUACUCUUGCGCGCGGCUGGACACGUCUUACCGAGAGAUGGCGACAGCGCUGACCGGUACACUGUUUGUGGUCAAGAUCGUGGAUACACUGAGCAAGACUCGUUGGAGGCUGCGCAGUACUUGACGAACACUGUUGUGACAUCUGAUGCCUUUUCAAUGGCCAAACAUGAUUGCAUUUUUGCGCACGUCAACGCGACUGUUGUCAGUCUCUGCAACGGCAGUCAGCGCAACCGCACCAUCAACCGCGACGAAGCUAGACGUGGUGUCGACCAACUCAUCAAAGACUGCGGUCUCAAUGGCGGCUUCACUGGUAUCCACGUCGUCAAUAACUUGACCUUCGCCGCCUAUGGUGUCGGAGGGAUCAGUCUAGCUCCUCCUCCCGGUUCCAAUCCUCCUGAUGUUCCUGGAUCGAGGAAACGCUCGCUAGGGCGAUCCCUUUCCAGGCGCGACUGCGCGUGGGCUUACGACGGUGUUCCACACUUUGACUGUGACGCCAAAAACAGGCUGAAUGAAGAUGGAUCUUGUGGUGGCCAGAUUGUGCCUGAGAGCAACUGUCAGGCUUUCUGCGAGCUCCGCAGGACUGGUUUCCUUGGCCACGAGGAACGAGCACCUGGCGAGGGAGGGAAUCAGAUGCUCCCAGGCGAGGCCAAAGAACUUGGUGGAGGUUUCGAGACCUCUAUUUCCAACGGCUUCUCCAUCGGCGUCGAGGGAAUUUUCAAAGAAGUCAUUGGUGCUGGUGUCAGCUAUGAAUGGUCAAUUUCGAAGACGACACUUACAACUACAACAAGAUCGAUGAAGGACGUCAGCUCGGAACAGUACUCUCGUUGGGUCUUUUUUCCUAAGCUUAUCGAGAGUUGUGGUACCGUCUCGCGCAAAACAUAUUCUGCCCCGACCCCGUGUACUGGGUUGCCCUGCACUGGUCUCCCAGCAGACGAUCCUGACUGCGUUGGAGAUUUGGAGAAUGUUGCUAACGUAUGCUCGCUGGUACCGAAGCUGAACCCAGACGGCGAACCUGAGGUUUUCUGGGCCGUCCGCUACGAAUAUGAGGAUGGGACUCCUUUGCCCUUCGAUCAGCAGCAUUUUUCAUACAAGACUCCUUGCGUCAGUGACGACCCAGACGGCGAUGGAGAAAAGGAGUGUUACAACCAUAUUCCUGCUCUCAUGCUGGCACCGAACUACAAAAAGCUCGAGCAUGCCAUUGGAGCAACCAGUGCUUAG